AGCGGUAAGACUAGAAGAAGCGAACCCAAGGUCCAAGAGCGAAGUCGUACUGCUGGCUGUACAGAAGUGUGACUAGUAAAGCGUUUCGUUCAGACAACCAGUAUAACAGCAAUGCUGCCUUCUCAAAAGGGAAGGAUGUGGUUACAAAUCUUCGGCCCUAAAAAUACACAUAUGGCCUUGUCUCACGAAUUUCCGUCUCUCAACAAGUACGGAGCUAACACAAAAAUUACCCACAUAAAGAUCGUAUGUGAUCGGUCGCAAGCAGUUGUCCCUUGAGCACUGCGGUCACGCUCUCAGUUCACUAACAUCAUCUCUAACCCAGAUUCCUUUUCAGGUACUACUACAAGAACUCUUCCUAAAUGUGGGCAACCGGAAAGUGAAAACCGCCCCCAUACUUCUAACUGCACUCAAAACCACCGUCUAACUGACCUAUGAUCAAAUACUAGUAGUCGACCAAUGUUCUCUGCCUUCAGAAUCCACGAUACACAGCCAUAGAUUGGGACAGAAGAUAGAUAUCUCACCUAUGCCACCGGUGAUGUAAAUUGAUAGAAUUAAGUUGGUCUCUUGAGUUGUUGCAGAGAUUUUAUCAGUGAUUAACUCACUAAAUCUGAUGAGAUUUUCUGGAUAAAUGAACUAGCGUUGCAUAUUCCCGUUAAAAUGAUCCCAUUUUGGCAAAUGUAUUGCAGGUAAAGUCAUUUAUAAGCUCACAUCCAUACUUGUUUUGAUCAAAUUUUUAAUAAAUGAUAACUGAAUAUACUAAAAAUUUAUUAUCAAUCGGAACUUGCGGUCACAUGGUCGAAAAGUUUAUAGAUUGCUGCAACUUGAACCGAUGCAUAUAUGUGCCUGGUCCUAGGUUGUAGCUGAUUGACGAACUGAGAUUGCUGUAUUUUCGUCCGGAUGGUCUCUAAAUCUAGUCAGACUUACUUUGUUCAUGGAUCUUUAGUUAUCGAUUAACCUGAUAAUGUUAAUAUCUUUACAAAUAAAGUAAUUAAUACAAUUAGUACACUAUUUUUCAGGAUGUAGUCAUAACGUAACAUCGGGUGUUUAUGUUGGCUCAAGAACACUAAUAAUUGUCAGUUCUUCAAUAGCGAUUUGAUUUUCUUCACUAUGAGUGUAACAACAUAUUAUAGAACUGUUUUCUUAGUAUGGUAUCGGCUCAGUAGUUGGAGAAUUUAACCUUCAUUAACAGCGUUGAAAGCUCGGACUGUUCUACCCACUGCGUUUUUGAGCAGCCGGGUAACAUAAUGAGUCCUCGUACAAAUGUACAUGAAUUUUUAAUUAUUAAAUUAAUGCUCAAGUUGUAAACGUAACUCAGCGCUCAUGAGGUAAAUUACUGAAGUAUAUAUCCAGUUCAAAAGUUACUAUUACUUGUAAGAGAUAAUAUUGUCUAACGUUAUCCAAUAAAUCUCAACUGCUUUUUCAUUUAUAUAGGCUUCCAAUGAGCUAGAUGAAAAUUGGUCAUUAUUUAGAAAUGACUUAACUGAAGCGCCUACAAGAGCCCGAUGGAUUCUUUCGUCAACUUCUCCUGGUUCUUCUAUUGGAUAUGAUGGUAGACAAAUACCUUAUACGGGAAUUGAAACAUUAAAAAAAGAAUUGGCUGGUGUUGAAGCUGAAUUAGGUAUUCUACCAAAUUGUAACGGAAUUCAAAAUCCGCUCAGUCGACAAUUAGUAAAUAUACCAAACACAAAUUUGAUUGAUCUGGUUUGGGAGUCUAUGUCUGAAUUACAAAUUGAAAAUGUUUCUCGUCCUAUUCGUUCAUCAAAUCCACUGUUAUUUAUUCCAGUCUCAUUUUCUGGUUCAAGUUGGCAGCAAAAAAUUGAUCGUGUUAGAAAUAUGAUGAAAGCAAAAGGGGCUGAAUUACUGGUUUUAUAUGCAUUGGAUGAGAUUGCAUGGUUAUUCAAUUUACGUGGAAGUGAUAUACUUUACAAUCCAGUGUUUUAUGCAUAUGCUAUUGUGAGCUUGAAUAAAAUAGACUUAUUUUUGAAUCCGAAAACUGUUGAUCAAACACCUAGACUUCAUGAUUACUUGAGUGAUAAACAGAAUUCAGUAAAAAUUCAUCUAUAUUCUGAAUUUUUCAACUAUUUGGAAACGAUUGUUCAUAGUUCACCGGAAAAACAUUUACCAUUACAACCGUCAUGUGUAUGGCUCGAUUUAUCUGCUAGUUAUGCAAUUGUUACAAAAAUUCCAGAAAAUCAACGUCUAUUUCAUAUCUCACCUGUUGCUGAAAUGAAAUCAAUCAAAUCUUUAUCAGAAUUAAAUGGAAUUCGUGAAGUUCACAUUACUGAUUCAUUAGUAUUAUGCGAUUUUUUGGCUUGGUUAGAAGAUGAAGCUAAUCAAAUUAAUAACAGCGAUUGUUGUAAGCACUCGCAUGAUUACAAACCAAUAAAACCAAAUACAGAAAAUGGUGCAGGACUGCCGGUAAUAACACCACCACGUGUUUUAACUGAAGCAUCAACUGCUCAAUAUUUAGAUAAAUUACGGUCACAAGCUAAAGAUUUUUUCAGCUUAAGCUUCAGCACGAUAUCUUGCGCUGAUGCAAAUGGAGCUAUUAUACACUAUCAUCCUGUUGAAGGUCAAGAUGCACCUAUUACUAAUACAAGUAUAUACCUUGUUGAUUCUGGUGGUCAAUACUUGACGGGCACAACGGAUGUCACGCGUACAAUCCAUUUAGGUGAACCAACAUUAGAACAGAAGAAUUGUUAUACAUCUGUCUUAAAAGCCCAUAUUGCACUUGCUAUGCAAAUUUUUCCAUCGAAUACUCCGGGUUCACGACUUGAUAUUAUAUCUCGUCGAAUAAUGUGGCAAUUUCAUGGUAAUUAUGCUCAUGGAACAGGACAUGGUGUUGGUGCAUUUCUCAAUGUACAUGAAGGUCCUAUUGGGUUAUCUGGUAGUCGAAUGAACGCAUACUCUCGUUUGGGUAUAAUAGAACCAGGCUUACAAGAGAAUAUGGUUGUUACCAUUGAACCCGGUUACUAUUGGAGUGAUCACUUUGGAAUACGUUUAGAAAAUGUAGUAUUUGUUGUACCUGUUGAAACGAAAAAUUUUUACAGUAGUCACAGUAAUAGUUAUACAGCUGAAACCUCCACUGUUCACCGAUCUUUUCAAUUUUCAACAGACAUUAACAAUACUAAAUGGCUCAGUUUUGAACCAGUCACCUUAGUUCCAUUUCAACGUAAAUUUAUCAACUCUGAUAUGUUAACUGUAGAUGAAUUGAAUUGGUUAGAUAAUUAUCAUAAAACAAUUCGUCAAAUUUUAUGCAGUCGUAUUUACCAAGAAGUGAAUAUUCAGUUGUCAAUUAACGAUGGAAUUGAUGAUCAGGAAAUCAUGUUAUCAAAUAUGUCAAUGUUAUCUUCUAGUCGCCAACGUUGUUUACAAUGGAUAUUGAACCAAACAGAAUCAUUUUUGUAA